AUGAGUUACGGCAAAAAGGACGAGGAUGCCGACCUGGGCCUGGUCAAGGUGGACCGCACACAAGUCUUCCAAGAAGCUCGACUGUUCAACAGCUCUCCGAUCCAGCCUCGACGAUGCCGCAUUCUCCUGACCAAGAUCGCCCUCCUCCUCUACACGGGCGAAUCCUUCCCCAAGAACGAAGCCACCACUCUCUUCUUCGGCAUCUCGAAGCUGUUUCAGAACAAGGAUGCCAGCCUGCGGCAGAUGGUCCUCCUCAUCAUCAAGGAGCUGGCCAACUCGGCCGAGGACAUCAUCAUGGUGACCAGCACCGUCAUGAAGGACACCGGCGGCAGCAGCGACGCAAUCUACAGGCCCAAUGCCAUCCGUGCUCUGUGCCGUAUUAUCGACGCUACAACGGUCCAGGCCAUUGAGCGUGUCAUGAAGACCGCCAUCGUGGACAAGAACCCUUCCGUCUCUUCUGCCGCGCUUGUUUCAUCAUACCACCUGCUGCCAAUUGCCAGAGACGUUGUGAGGCGAUGGCAGAGCGAGACUCAGGAGGCGGCCGCCUCCUCCAAGUCGUCGGGCGGCUUCUCCCUCGGCUUCUCGACGUCCAGCGGCUCUCUGCCCAUGAACAGCUCGACAAUGGCGCAAUACCAUGCCAUUGGCCUCCUCUACCAGAUGCGCUCGCACGACCGCAUGGCGCUGGUCAAGAUGGUGCAGCAGUUUGGCGCUGCCGGGGCCGUCAAGAGCCCCGCGGCCACGGUGAUGCUUGUCCGGCUGGCCGCGCAGCUUGCCGAGGAGGACCCCUCCCUCCGCCGGCCCAUGAUGCAGCUCCUCGACGGCUGGCUGCGACACAAGAGCGAAAUGGUCAAUUUCGAGGCCGCAAAGGCCAUCUGCGACAUGCGCGACGUCACCGACGCCGAGGUCAACCAGGCCGUCCACGUUCUGCAGCUGUUCCUCACCUCGCCCCGCGCCGUCACCAAGUUUGCCGCCCUGCGCAUCCUCCACAGCUUCGCCUCCUUCAACCCCACCGCCGUCAGCGUCUGCAACACGGACAUUGAGCUGCUCAUCUCAAACUCCAACCGGUCCAUUGCCACCUUUGCCAUCACGACCCUGCUCAAGACGGGCAACGAGGCCAGCGUCGACAGGCUGAUGAAGCAGAUCUCGGGCUUCAUGUCCGAAAUCACCGACGAGUUCAAGAUCACCAUCGUCGAGGCCAUCCGCACCCUGUGCCUCAAGUUCCCCAGCAAGCAGGCGGGCAUGCUGACAUUCCUCAGCGGCAUCCUGCGGGACGAGGGAGGCUACGAGUUCAAGCGCGCCGUUGUGGAGAGCAUGUUCGACCUCAUCAAGUUCGUCCCCGACUCCAAGGAGGACGCUCUCGCGCAUCUGUGCGAGUUCAUUGAGGACUGCGAAUUCACCAAGCUGGCUGUCCGCAUCUUGCACCUCAUCGGCCUCGAAGGUCCCAAGACGGCCCAGCCCACCAAGUACAUCCGCUACAUCUACAACCGCGUCGUUCUCGAGAACGCCAUUGUCCGCGCCGCCGCUGUUACCGCUCUUGCCAAGUUUGGUGUUGGCCAGAAGGAUCCAGACGUCAAGAGUAGCGUCAAGGUCCUGCUUACGCGCUGUCUGGACGACGUCGAUGACGAGGUGCGAGAUCGAGCUGCCCUGAACCUCAAGCUGAUGGCCGAGGAGGAUGACGAGCUGGCUCGUAACUUUGUCAAGAAUGACAACAUGUUCUCGCUCCCCUUCUUCGAGCACCAGCUCGUGCUGUACGUCACGUCGGACGACAAGUCCACGUUUGAGGAGCCGUUCGACAUCUCCAAGAUCCCGGUGGUCACCCGAGAACAGGCAGAUGCCGAAGACAGGACCAAGAAGCUUACCGCUACAACGCCCACGCUGAAGGCGCCAAAGGCCGGCCCGACCAAGACGCCAGCAAGCGGCGCGGAGGCUGCCGCAAGUGCCAGCGCCCAGGCUCAGCGGUACGCCCAGGAGCUCAUGCAGAUUCCCGAGAUGAAGGAGUUUGGCAGCGUUGUCAAGUCGUCGCCUGUUGUUGAGCUCACCGAGGCCGAGACGGAGUACGUCGUCAGCGUGGUGAAGCACAUCUUCAACGAGCACAUUGUGCUGCAAUACGAGGUGAAGAACACCCUCCCCGACACAGUGCUAGAGAACGUGUCAGUGGUGGCAACGCCUUCGGACGAGGAGGAGCUGGAGGAGGUGUUCAUCAUCCAGGCCGAGAAGCUGGCCACCAACGAGCCGGGCAAUGUUUACGUGGCAUUCAGGAAGGUCAACGGACAGGCGUCAUUGCCCGUCUCGACCUUUUCCAACGUGCUCAAGUUCACCAGCAAGGAGAUUGACCCGUCAACGGGCGAACCCGAGGAGACGGGCUACGACGAUGAGUAUGAGGUGUCCGAGUUUGACCUCAGCGGCAGCGACUACGUCAUCCCCACAUAUGCCAGCAACUUCAACCAUCUCUGGGAGCAGGUUGGCGCCUCAGGGGAGGAGGCGGAGGAGACGCUGCAGCUGAGCAGCAUGAAGAGCAUAGCCGAGGCAACGGAGCAGCUGGCCAAGAUCCUGUCCCUGCAACCCCUCGAAGGGACAGAUGUCCCCGUCAACCAGACCACGCACACGCUCAAGCUGUUGGGCAAGACGGUCAACGGCGGCAGAGUGGUUGCGAACAUUCGCAUGGCAUUCUCGUCAAAAUCCGGCGUGACGACGAAGAUCACGGUCCGGGCCGAGGAGGAAGGCGUGGCGGCUCUUGUGGUUGCAUCUGUGGCAUAA